AUUAGAGACGAGACAAACAAAAUGAUUGAUAUACUACAUGUAAUCUACAUGAAUCAAGACACGGAUUCAGACCUUAGUGAAGUGGUUAACGCUUUGAUUCUGCAAACUCACCACCAAAUAAUAGAAUUCAGUUUAUUUGGUGCCUUGCACCUGGAUGGAAACCUAAUAUACUCGAUAUUUGGAGCUUUAACUACAUAUUUAAUAAUUCUGCUACAAUUCGACAUUAAUUAUUAA